AUGUCAUUCUUAUUUGAUUGGAUUUAUAGCGGGUUCAAUAGCGUACUACAGUUUUUAGGACUGUACAAGAAGUCAGGCAAGCUCGUAUUCCUCGGCCUGGACAAUGCCGGCAAAACCACGCUACUGCACAUGUUAAAAGAUGACAGACUGGGCCAACACGUGCCCACUCUCCAUCCCACCUCGGAAGAGUUGACGAUCGCCGGCAUGACAUUCACCACUUUUGACCUUGGAGGCCACGCACAAGCCCGGCGAGUGUGGAAACACUACCUCCCCGCCAUAAAUGGCAUCGUCUUCCUUGUGGACUGUGCGGAUGGCUACAGGUUGGCAGAAUCCAAAGCAGAACUUGACGGCUUAAUGACGGACGAGACCAUCGGCAACGUGCCCAUCCUCAUCCUGGGCAACAAGAUCGACCGACCGGAGGCCAUCAGCGAGGAGCGGCUGAGGGAAAUGUUUGGACUCUACGGGCAGACGACAGGCAAGGGCAACAUUCCCACGAAGGAACUGAACACGAGACCCCUUGAAGUUUUCAUGUGCAGCGUGCUAAAGCGUCAAGGCUACGGCGAGGGAUUCCGCUGGCUCUCCCAGUACAUCGACUGA